UUAGUAUGUCAUUAUUUUGACUUAGUAUGUCAUUAUUUCGACUUGGUAUCUCAUUAUUUUGACUUAGUAUCUCAUUAUUUUGAGUUAUUAGAUCUUAUUUUUUUUCCAUCAAGUGGGCUUCCAUACCCAUGCGUGUGAUGUGUAUGUGUGCUGCCAACUUUGGAAAACAUGAAACAGUUGCAGAGUGAGUUUCACUUCCCCAGAAGCCUGUAAGUGUCAGUACUUGUUUACCACUGUGACGAGACAAUUUCUUUUUUUCUUGCGUUAAUAGGAAAACAGUAACAUUCAGAAACUUCCUCUUUUCUCAAGGCACUUUACUCUACUCUUAGAUUUAGUCAUGUUGAAAUAUUGACAUCCUGUGAACAACUACAUUGUAAGUGGUGAAUUUAUUUUCUUCUCUCUCAGUAAUAAUUACUAUAAAUAAAAAUAUGACAGUUUACUCUCUCAUAAGCAGAUCAAUUAGAUUCCCUGUCAAAAUGAACAUCAGUAGCUUAAAAGAGUUGGGGCAUAAUAUUUCCUUUAAAAAACACGUCAGACAUGAAUCACUUUUAGUCUGUAUGAGCUCUCCACCCCCGCUCCACCACUACCAUGUGACAUAUGUAGAUGUGAAACUUGGUGCUGAUUCAACAGGCAAAUCUCACACAAGCAGAACAACACUGCAUCAAACAGUCGCACCAUAUGUGUGUUGGAGAAAAAGUGAGACAUGAUGUGGAUUACUCUGUUUCUGGUGACACUUGUGUGGGUUUCAACAACCCAAGCCGAUGGUCCUAGAUCUGUAACACCAGAGGAAAAUGGUGUCACUUAUGGUACUGUGCCACCCAGCCCGAGGGACUCUGACUCAACCUACUACUGUGAAAACGUCCUCAGAGACUGUGAAACUGACGUCCUCUGGAUCAGGUGUUAUGAGAAAGGAAUUGGGAGGUGUAUACCAAAACGACGUGGGCCUAUAAGAGACUUCAUUCUUCUGCAGGCAAACUCAUCUCAAGAGGCUGAAGUGAGUCCCACUUCUAAACACAGGGUUUACAUCCCAUCCUCAGCUCUCAGGAGAAGCAGAGAAGAUGAGUCUCGUGAGGAGGAGGUACGGCUGGUGGCCUCUGUGGUCAACAGCACUUUCUUCAAGCUGAGUCCCCCUCAGAGAAGACCACGUGGGAGACAUUUCACACCAGUCCACAUACAAGGCACUGUUCUGGGGGGGUUAGUCCUGGUAGUGAAGGUAGGGAAGUAUGCUGUCCAAAACCUUCCAGAGCCCGUCAAAUUAACCUUCCAACACAACAAAGAGGAGGUGAAUGGGACGUGUGUGUUUUGGCAGGAGUCACAUCUUGACAAUACAACAGGUCAUUGGAGCGCAGUCGGCUGCGAGACCAGUGACACAGGAACUGACUUUAUUUGCAGCUGCAACCACCUGAGCUUCUUUGCUGUGCUUGUGAACCCUGAAUUAUCCGUGGAUGAAAGUGACGCUGUGAAACUUAGCUACAUCACUUACACUGGAUCAGCACUUUCCAUCUUCUUCACAGUUAUCAGCUUGAUCAUCUACAUAUGUCUACAACGGCGACGUCCAGAGAAGGCCAUCGGUGUGCAUUUGCAACUGACAGUAGCACUGCUGUGCCUCCACAUCAUCUUCCUGCUGUCCAACCUCUGGGUGUGGCAGCUGAAUGAGACUGAGGACAGCUGGGUUUGCAGGGGUUUGGGUCUCCUUUUACACUGGUCCCUACUGGCCACCUUCAGCUGGGCAGCUCUGGAGGGAUUCCACCUCUACCUUCUCCUAAUCCGAGUCUUUAACAUCUACGUCAGGAGAUACCUGCUCAAACUCAGCCUGGUGGGAUGGGGUCUCCCAACACUGAUUGCAGUGGUUUGUGGGAUUUCAGGCGUUUACGGCAAAUUCAAUCCAGAAUCGGAGGGUGUCAACAUCAGCAACUCACCAAUGCAGUUAUGCUGGAUGAGCAGACACAGGCUUUUAGUCAGCUACAUCACCACUGUUGCCUUCCCAUGCCUUGUGAUACUGUGUAAUUCCUGCAUGCUGGUCCUGGUGGUGUUUAAGUUCUGGGGGCUAAGGGCAGGUAGUGGAGCCAUUGGAAGCAGUAGUGGCUGGAGGAGGACGAAGAGAGAGAAUAGGGGCAAGUUAUGGAAGGACUGUGCCACAGUGCUGGGUCUCAGCUGCGUGCUGGGCUUACCUUGGGGGUUAGCAACCAUCAGCUACAUCACCAUCCCUGGAAUCUACAUAUUCACAAUACUAAUCUCCCUGCAGGGUGUAUACAUGUUCCUGUGGUCCGUGGCUUUGAACCGCAAGUCUCGAUCUGACUAUAAUUCCUCAACCAAAGACCCUUCCUCUCAGAAAGUGAUGACCACCAGUUUCAAUAAUUGAUAUUCACACCUGACACACAUGUAUUAUCCAUUGCCUAUAUUAGGUGUUUACAUGCCUUUGGACUGCAGUCAGUUGAAUGAUAACUGACAAUAAUGCAUCAAACACGCAUCAUGAACAGUAACCCCUUCUAAUUAUUUAUUGUUUUUAUGAUUCUUAUGGUUACAAUAGGUUGUCACUGGUGAAUCACUGAAUAAAAAUAUCUCUGUCUUUUCUGUGAGCAUUAUAAUACGUCAUGAUCAGAAGGACAACUUUGUUAAAGCAGCGCAGACACCGUGGAUCCUACAGACACUGUGUGCUAAUGUACUUCCAAAGAUUAACACAGAUAUGUUACAUUUGUUACAGAAACUGUCUAAUAAAAAGGACACAGUACAAGUUCAUCUUUGUCCAGUA